AUGGGAGAGACCGUCAUUGUCUUCACGAAUGGUGCAUCAGACGCCAACGCCUCGUCGGACUCGUCGACCCUCUCCAGCGGCCAGGACGACCAGCCCCCUAUAGCGGAACCCCCCGACAUAGUAUCAGCUAUAGAGAAGCCGCUCUGUCCUCACACCCUCUCCGCCCGGCGCGUUGCCGAGCUCCUCAGGACCGACGCCGAAGAUGGACUAACUGACGUCGAGGCGGCCGCCCGCCUGGCUCGGGACGGCCCCAAUGCCAUCAAGGGAGCAAAGGGCAUGUCCCUCUGGGAGAUCUUUCUCCAGCAGGUUGCCAAUGCGCUGACUGCCGUGCUCAUCGCCGUCAUGGCCCUGUCCUUUGCCAUUCACGACUUUGUCGAAGGUGGCGUGGUCCUGGCCGUCAUUCUCCUCAAUAUCAUCGUGGGAUUGAUCCAGGACUACCGCGCUGAGCAGACCAUCCAGUCGCUAUAUGCCUUGUCCACGCCCAAGUGCAAAGUGAUUCGCAACGGGAUCAACACCACCGUUAAGGCGGAAACCCUGGUCAAGGGCGACCUCGUCUGGCUCUCCACUGGAGACGUAGUUCCCGCCGACUUGCGUCUGGUUCAGGGCAUCAACCUGUCGACGGACGAGUCUCACCUUACGGGCGAGUCCGUGGCCAUCAGCAAGAAGCCUGACGCCAUCUUCAACGACGCCGAGCUCCCCAUGGGCGACCGCACGAACCUGGUCUACACCGGAAGCUCUGUGACUCGCGGCCGCGGGACCGGCAUCGUGAUAUCGACCGGGAUGAAUACCGAGGUGGGCCAGAUUGCCCAGCUGCUGCGUCAAAAGAAGAAGCAGAACACUGGCUCUGGGCCCGUCAGCAGGUUCUUCAUCAACUGCUACCAACACACCAGGAGCAUUCUCGGCCUCGAGGGGACGCCUCUGCAGGUCACGCUGAGCAAGUUUGCCUUGCUGCUGUUCGGCCUGGCCAUCCUCCUGGCCGUCAUUGUCUUCUCGGUGAACAAGUGGGACAUGGACGACAACGUCUUGCUGUACGGCAUCUGCGUGGGUGUUGCCGUUAUUCCGGAAUCCCUCCUUGCCGUGCUUACCGUCACUAUGGCUGUCGCUACCAAGGCAAUGGUUAAGGGCCAUGUAAUCGUCCGUCAGAUGCCGUCCCUCGAGGCGGUCGGCGGAGUAACCAACAUUUGCUCCGACAAGACGGGCACCCUCACCCAGGGACGCAUGAUUGCCCGCAAGGUCUGGCUCCGCGGCGGCCUCGUUGGCCUCAUUGAGGGCACCGCCGACCCGUAUGAUCCCAGCAGCGGCACCGUGUCCUGGUCAGGAUCCCUCGCGGGCACCUGCUUCAACACCUUCCUCGACACCCUGUAUUUGUGCAACAACGCCACCGUCUCGGACGGUAAGAAGGAGCUCGAGACGGACUCGAGCAGCGUCACAACUACGGCCCUGGGCUCGGAUGAGUGGAAGGCGGUGGGGGAGCCGACGGAGAUAGCUCUCAAAGUCUUUGCCCUGCGCUUUGGGAAGAAUAAGCCUGCCGGCGAUGAACUCAUCGCGGAGCACCCCUUUGACUCGUCGUGCAAGCUCAUGAGUGUUGUCUAUGGUGGCGACCUUGAUGCCACGUCCCAGGUGUAUACCAAAGGCGCCGUCGAGGUGGUCUUGCCAAAGCUGGAAGAGUCUGAGGAGCUGAAGCACAAGAUCCACGCCCAGGCGGAGGAGCUCGCUGCCGAGGGCCUCCGAGUGCUGUGCAUCGCCCACAGAAGCCUGGACCGGGAAAAGGAGGACGCCCACGACCGCUCCCAGGUGGAGAACGGCCUCCAUUUCCUGGGGCUCGCCGGUCUGUACGAUCCUCCGCGUCCCGAGACGGCCGGCGCGGUGUCACAGUGCCGCCAGGCCGGCAUCGCCGUGCACAUGGUCACUGGCGAUCACAUCAAGACGGCGACUGCGAUUGCGUACGAAGUCGGCAUCCUGUCGCACCAUGUCCCCCUGAAGUCGACGACUGUCAUGUCGGCGACCGACUUUGGCAACCUCACGGACGAGCAGGUCGACGCCAUGGAUUCGCUCCCGCUCGUCAUCGCCCGGUGCAGCCCCCUGACCAAGGUCCGAGUCAUCCAGGCGCUGCACCGCCGAGAGGCGUUUUGCAUCAUGACGGGCGACGGCGUCAACGACUCGCCAGCGCUGAAGCAGGCUGACGUGGGCAUCGCCAUGGGCGAUAGGGGCAGCGAUGUGGCGAAGGAAGCGUCGGACAUGGUGCUGACGGACGACAACUUUGCGUCCAUUGUGACGGGCAUCAAGGAAGGUCGCCGGCUUGCAGACAAUAUUCAAAAGGCCAUCCUUCUGCUGAUUGGGCUGGCCUUCAAGGACGAGAAGCAGGUCGCCGUCUUCCCGCUGUCACCGCUGGAGAUUCUCUGGGCCAACCUCGUCACCUCGUCCCCCCUGGCCCUGGGCCUGGGCUUGGAGGAGGCGCAGCCAGACAUUCUGCGGCGUCCGCCCCGCAGCCUGCACAAGGGCGUCUUCACCCUGGACCUGAUCCGGGACCAGUUCAUGUACGGCACCUUCAUGGGAUCGCUCUGCCUGGCGGCGUUUAUGCUGGUGGCCUAUGCGGCCUCUGGCCACGGCUUCCACAACCUGCCCGUCGACUGCAACGAGAACGGCCACGCCGGCUGCGGCCCCGUGUUCCGUGCCAGGGCGGCCACCUUUGCCACGCUGAGCUUCUUGCUCCUGGUUACUGCCUGGGAGGUGAAGCAUUUCCACCGCAGUCUAUUCAACAUGGACGAGAGGUGGAAGGGGCCCUUUUCCGUCUUCAAGACGGUGUACCACAACCACUUCUUGUUCUGGUCCGUGGUGGCCGGGUUUGCCAUUACUUUCCCCGUCAUCUACCUUCCCCAUGUCAACAAGAGUGUGUUUAAGCAUCAGGCAUUGACAUGGGAAUGGGGUGUCGUCUUUGGCUGCGUGGCGACGUACAUUGUGCUGGUUGAAGCCUGGAAGGCCAUCAAGCGCCGCUACAGCCUCGGCAUCGACAAGCAUCCCCAUGAGGUGACCGUCUCGCAGGUCUAA